CCUUCCCCGCCCGCCGCCGCCAUGGGCGCCGCGGGGCCGCUCUGCGCCCUGCUCCUGCUGCUGGGCAUCGGCACCGGCACCGGGCCCGGGCCGGUCGCCCCCCGGGUGGUGCUCGCCCUCCUGGCCCGUAACGCGCAGCACUCGCUGCCGCACUGCCUGGGAGCCCUGGAGCGCAUGGACUAUCCCGCGGGGAGCAUCGCCCUGUGGUGUGCGACUGACCACAACUCGGACAACACCACAGCAAUGCUGCGGGAGUGGCUGGGGGCAGUGGGGAAGGACUAUCACUCAGUGGCCUGGAAGGUACAGGAGGAGCCCAGCUCCUACCCCGACGAGCUCGGGCCCAAGCACUGGAGCGACAAACGCUAUGAAAACCUGAUGAGGCUGAAGCAGGAGGCUCUCACCUACGCCCGGGAGCAGCAGGCGGACUACAUCCUGUUUGUGGACACUGACAGCAUCCUGACCAACAACCAGACCCUCAAGUUUCUCAUGGCGCAGAACAAGUCGGUUGUGGCCCCGAUGCUGGACUCACAGACCUUCUACUCCAACUUCUGGUGUGGCAUCACACCCCAGGGCUACUACCGCCGGACGGCUGACUACUUCCCCACCAAGAACCGGCAGCGGACGGGCUGCUUCUCCGUCCCCAUGGUCUAUGCCACCUUCCUGAUCGACCUGCGGAAGGAAGAGACUUUGCGGUUGGCUUUCUACCCGCCCCAUCCCAACUACACCUGGGCCUUCGAUGAUAUCAUUGUCUUUGCCUACUCCUGCCAGGCAGCCGGUGUGGAGGUCCAUGUGUGCAACCAGCAGCGCUUUGGCUACAUCAAUGUCCCCGUGAAGGCCCACCAGACGCUGGAGGAUGAACACGCCAACUUUGUGCAUCUCACGCUGGAGGCCAUGGUGGAUGGCCCCCCCAUGCAGCGCUCCAGGCACGUUUCCUUCCUCCCCAAGCCACUCACAAAAAUGGGCUUUGAUGAAAUCUUCCUCAUCAACCUGGUGCGGAGGCCGGACCGGCGCCGGCGGAUGCUGGAGUCCUUGCAGGAGCUGGAGAUUGCCCCGCGGGUGAUGGAUGCCGUGGAUGGGAGCACCCUCAACAGCAGUGACAUCAAGGUCUUGGGGGUGGACCUGCUCCCCGGGUACUAUGACCCCUUCUCUGGCCGCACGCUCACUAAGGGUGAGGUCGGCUGCUUCCUCAGCCACUACAACAUCUGGAAGGAGAUCGUUUCUCGGAGGCUGGAACAGUCAGUGGUCUUCGAGGAUGAUGUGCGCUUCGAGGCCGCCUUCCCGGCACGGCUGAGGCAGCUGAUGGAGGAGCUGGAGGGAGCGCAGCAGGACUGGGACCUCAUCUACCUGGGGAGGAAGCAGGUGAACGCAGAGGAUGAGGCACCUGUGGAGGGCGUGCGAAACCUGGUGGUGGCCGGGUACUCGUACUGGACGCUGGCCUACGCCAUCUCCCACCGUGGGGCGCAGAAGCUGCUGGCUGCUGAGCCCCUCUCCAAAAUGCUGCCGGUGGACGAGUUCCUGCCCAUCAUGUAUGACAAGCACCCCAACGAGGAUUACAAGCGGCACUUUGCCCCUCGGGACCUGCUGGUGUUUUCAGCUCACCCGCUCCUGGUUUAUCCUACCCACUAUGCUGGGGACAGCAACUGGCUGAGUGACACCGAGACCUCCACCAUCUGGGAUGACGAUGGCAAGAAGACCGACUGGACUGGCUCACAGAAGACCCUGAGGGACUCACGGGGCAGCGCUGGCCACCUCCGCUCCACCGCCCGUGACGAGCUGUGACGGGAUGAGGGACUGUGACCCCGCUGGGAGCACCGCGGGCCAGUGGCCUGAUCCUGUCUGCUCCUGCUUGAGAGACACAGCUGCCCUGGACAGAUCCCCCAGGGUUCUUCGAAUUUGCAUGUGCCAAAUCCACCCAAGGCAGGAUUCAUCCCAGGGCUCCUGGAGAGCCUGUUCCCUGCCAGGUGGAGGGACUAGGGGAGCGCUGUGCUCUGCCUCUGCUGAGGACAUGUCUCCAGGACCAACCUGAGCGAUGCCAACUCUGCCGUCUCCCACCGGCUUGGACUUUAGGGAGUGAUUUUCAGGCCAGGGGCUGGCUCCUGUGGUGGCACACGUGGCCUCCUGCCACCAACUGGGCUUGUCCCUGGCCUGUGCCACGUCUGGGCUGAAGCCCAGUGAGGAUUAAAUCAGACUGUUUGAGCUGACGU